AUGGCUCAAACGCCGGAUAAAGAUGAGAUUUUGGAGCUAUUGGCCAAACAGGAUGACGUCAUCGAACAUCUCGAACUGCAAUUGGAGUACUGUAGGAAGGAGAUUACUGUAAUGCAAGAGUACUGUAGACAGAAGGUGAGAAUUUGCGAUUUUUUGAGACCAAACAUGGCUAUGUGCCAAAAAAUUUGAGAUUACUGUAUGUACCUUUAAGAUUUUCCAUUCAGGACCUGGAAAUUGAGAAACUCUCAACAUCUACAGUACCUACAGUACCCCAAGAGCAAGUUUUGCCGCCAAAAAUCCCCGAAGAGCCCACCGUAAUCGUGGAGCAACGUUUGAAACUCGCCGAGUUGGAAUUUGCGCUGGAGCGCGAAUGCCUCGCCGCAAAAUCGCGAGAGAUUGAGCGAGCCGUGGAGACGCAGACGGCGAGGCAGAAAAUCGCGGAGCUCGAGGAGGAGGUGCGGAAUGCGCGCGAUGCGGAAUUUUCCGCGCGCGGCAAAGCGGAAGCGCAUGGGAAGGCGGUGGCGGAAUGGAAGGCGAAGUUUGAAGGUGAGUGGAUUUUGACACGUGGCAAAAUUGACCUACAGUACUCCUACAGUAAUCCUAGGCUUGUGGGAUAUCAAAAAAUCACAAAAUUCAAGUGUUUCGCUUCGAGACCUAAAAUUUCGAAUUUUUCGCGCAAAAAUUGAUCUACAGUACCCCUACAGUAACCCAGGGCUUGUAGGAUAUCAAAAUAUCACAAAAUUUCGGAUUUUUGACGUCUACAGUAGUCUACAAGCCCAGGGUUACUGUAGGUGUACUGUAAUUCAAUUUUUUCACCGAAAAUCUUGAAUUUUUUCCAAAUUCGCGUUUUUUCAAGUCCAAAUAAGCCCAGGGUUACUGUAGGAGUACUGUAGAUUUAAAAUCUUGAAUUUUGUGAUUUUUUCAUAUCCCACAAGCCUAAGAUUACUGUAGGUGUACUGUAGAUCAAUUUGGAUAUCAAAAAACUCCAAAUUUCGAGCAGAAUUCGAAUUUUUCCAAAUUCCCCGCCUAAAAAUUCACGUUUCAGGCCUAAAAUCGCGAAAUUCUGAAGAAAUUCUACGGCUCGAAGCUCGUCUCGAAAUUUGUGCUCAACGCGAAGCACAGCUCGAAGAGCACAUCAAGUAGGUCAAAAAAUUUGGCGCCAAAAUCCUACAGUAUUCGAUUUUCAGACAAGUGCUGGCUGAAAAUGCUGAAACACGCCGUGAAAAAUGCCAAGCCUCGGCUCGAAUUUCAGCCCUAAUCGAUGAAACAACGACACUCCGCUCGAAAAUGCUCGAAAAAUCGCGCGAUUCGGCGAAUUUUGGCGGGAAAUCCGAGUUGAAAGGUGGGAUUUGCUUAAAUUGAAUGCUGAAAAUUGUUUGAGGGGUACUGUAGUCCAAGAGUACUGUAAAGCCUAGGUAUCAAAAAACGGCCUAAUUUUGAGGCCAGGCCUGAAAAAGCCCGAAAAACUCACCUAUUUCCCAGCGGUUUUUCCAAAAUUUCGAUUUUUUCAAAAAAAAUUUAAAAAUGUGCCACGUAUAUACAAAAAACACGUUUUCACGUGGAAAAAAUUGGAGAAAAAAAUUUGUUUUUUGAAAUUUUGAAUUUUCGCGCUGGAAAAAACACUGGGGUUACUGUAGCUGCUAAUUUUAGCGCAAAAAAUACAAAAUUCAAAUUUUCCGAAAUUUUUUUUUCAAAAAUUCAAAUUUUCGCGCUGAAAAAAGCACUGAGGUUACUGUAGCUGUUAAUUUUGGCACUAAAAAUAGAAACUUCAAAUUUUCAAAAAUUUUUCCAAAUUUUUUUUUCAAAAAUUCAAAUUUCCCACCAAAAACCACGACUACAGUAACCUGAAAUUUGAGCGGUAAAAAAAGAAAAUUCAAAUUUUUGAAAAAAAAAAUUUCUGGAAUGAAAUUGAAGCUUAAAAUUAUAGCAGAAGCUGAAAUUUCAGCCAAAAAUUUUUGAACUUCAGAUUUUCAAAAAUUGCUCGCCGAUCAAUCUCACCUGAUUUCCGCGCUCCGCGAGGAAACCAAAAUUUUGACGCGGAAAAUCGAGUUGGAUUCGAAAGAGUACAGGUACGGUAGCCGUACUACGGUAGGCGCGAAAAUUUCAAAAAAAAAAUUCAAAUUUUUUUUCAGACACAAUCUGAAAAAGCUGAAAUCGGAGAAACGAGAAGUGGAGGAACGAUUGGCGAAUUUGUUGAAAAUUUGA